AUGGCUGCAUCAGCAAGUACAGCAAGUCAACCAACAUCAAAAUUUGAGAUAGAUUUUUUUGUUAAAUCUGCCCACAAAGCUAUCAGCCAAUCUAUUAACCACUAUCAAUCUGAGAUAGAUUCUUCUUUGUGGAAUAAAGUUUGGAAUUUAAACACUCAAGACAGAUUGAAAUUACUCCUUUGGAAAGUCCUAAACAAUAUCUUACCCACGAGAUCCUUAUUGAAAAAUUGCCUAUCUUUGAGUGAAAGCCAAGUGAAUUAUCCUAUUUGUGAUUCAGAAGAAGAAAACGUAAAUCACCUUUUCCUUAAUUGUACUUUCUCAAAAGUACUUUGGCGUCUUUCUCCUUUGCCUCUUGACAUAUCAAAAUUUGCUUCUAUUGGGAUCACAAAAUGGGUAGAAUGCAUUCUUAAUCCAGAAAAUCCUUUAAAAAUUCCAUCCCAGCAAAUUCAACAAUUUCAACUUUUUGCUCUUCUGUCCAUGGACUGCUUAUGGUUCCUUAGAAACAAGAUUGUGCAUGAUUCCUUUAGUUAUAAUUUGGACACCUUUGUGAAUGGGGUUUUAAAGAAUUUCAAGGAACAUUGCAAUGCUUGGGGCAACAAACUAUUAAACAAUUUGAGAAAUGGGAAGGCAAUGCCACAGGAUCAUUAUUUGCUAACUUUUGAUGUGGCUGUGAGAAAAAAUGGAAGCACUGCUGCUGCCUUUUGCAGAACAGGUGAAGGCUUAGUGGCCUUUGUCAUUACAAACUUCACCACAAGCCAAAACCCAAAUCAAGGAGAGGCUUUGGCCUUAUACACAGGCAUCAAAGAAGUAGAAGCUCAAAGGAUAAAGAAAGUGACAAUAGGUGGAGACUCACAAGUGGUUAUUAGUGCCAUAGAAGACCCAGAUCAUUGCAUGGACUAG